CGAAUAUGGCUCACAGCGACUCAGACGACGACGUCGAGGUCAACGAUGCCUUCGAUUUCGAUGCUCGGAGUAGUGAAGCGGACGAAGUGAAUGAGGAUGAUUUGUUUGAUGCUGAUGAGGCUUCGGAGCGUGCUGAAGAGACUGGAUCGGAAGAGGAGGAAGAGGAUGCUGAUGCUGAAGCUGAAGCGGAAGCGGAGGGAGAAGAGGAUGAGGAGGAUGAGGACGAGAGUAUGGACAUUGCGGCUGUUCAGAAGGAAAUCGUACCGCUGCAAGCAUCGUUGCAGCCACCACCUCUUCCAGGACCCUCUAUAGGUCAUGUCAAGGAACAAACUCCAGAACUACAAGAGCGUCCAAUGUCGCCUGCACAGGCCCGACGCGCAAAGCUGGUUCCUGCUUUACUCAAUCCACGAUCAUACACUGUAGAAGCAAUCUGUGCUAUUGCACAUCCAGAACCUACACACUCACUGGCUGCUUCAGCAUGUAUGACGCAUCUACUCACUGGUUCACAAGACGGGUACGUCCGGGACUAUGACGUCUUCGCAGCAGUAAACGGCAAGACCUUCCUCACCGCACCGCAACGUGCACACUGCGGUGUAGUAGAAGGAACGAUGAAAGCUGGACAACUCCGAAUGUGGUGGGAGAACCCGGCGUUCCCAACGAGUGCGGACUCAGUUGUCGAGGAUCACUCGCGCUCACCUGUCACGAGUCUCGCCAUGCACUCGGAUGCGUUGUGGGCUCUUGCGGGCACCGAGAAAGGUCAUGUCAAUUUAUUCACGGUGCGCCAUGAGCCCGGUCAAUUUAUUACAGCAAUGGACGGUCAUCGGAAUCUGGUAUCUUCCCUAGCUAUCUCGCAUGACGAGAUGGGCUUUUUUAGUGCUGGCUGGGAUGGAGAUGUGUACCAAUGGGACCUAAACACCGGCCACCAGGUCCGAAAAUUCACAUCGACAGGUGCACAGGUCGCCGUCGUCGCGGUCCGGCCAUUGGGACCAACUCUACCUCCGCCAACGUCGACAAGCGCUGGAGGGUCGAAUAAUAAUAAUGCAAGGCAGCAACAAGACGACGAUGACGCGAAGUCUGACGGAUCAUAUGAUCCGUUGUUCGAUGAGCCUGAUGAAGAUGAGAAGGACGCCGCUGUGGGGAUGACGCAAGCGAAGACAAGCGGGAACGAGCAACAAGCGACGAGCAGCACCACGCCGCAGGCGAAGACCCCAGCAGCAGCGGGAGGAGCGACAUACCCGCGUGGGCCGCCCGUGCUGGACUCCGCAAGUUAUGGUGCGUUCUCGCCGGAUGUGUUACUAACGGCGUCAGUAGACGGAUCGAUUGUACUCUGGGAUCGGCGAGUGAACACACCUGGAAAGGGAGUGGGCCGCCUGGAGAUGAGCAGCAAGACGCCUCCGUGGUGUGUUUCGGCAUGUUGGUCUGCAGAUGGUGGGCAGGUCUACGCGGGACGACGUAAUUGCACGGUGGACGUAUGGGACACGCGACAAUAUGGGCAAGCUGUUAAUGGAGUGCCGAGGUUAAUGAAGACGCUCCGAAAUCCGACGAGCUCAGGUGCAGUGUCCUGCGUCGCCGCGUUCCCGGAUGGGAGACACAUCGCGGUUGCUUCGAACGACAACAUCCGGUUGUGGAACGCGAGCGAAGGCGGAGAGGGCACCGAGACGGGCGGAGGGCGAGGACGGUCUGGAGUGCCAUUUAAAAUCAUCCCUGGGCACCAUGGAGGCAUUAUCUCGCAGAUGUUGAUCGACCCGGCUGGACGGUUCAUGGUCAGUGCGAGCAGCAAUCGCGGCUGGUCUGGUGAGUCGACGCGGGUGGUGCUCAUCCAUGACAUCAAGCAUCUCGGGUAGUGUGGUAGUAAUAAUUAUUAUAAUGUACAUGUAUUAUAGAGUGUACAUAAUGGUGUUGUAGCACCGGAAAGACCCCUGCGACCGUGGGUGAAUAGAGUUGGGGAAGGAAGAGUGGACGAUGGAUUCGAGUUGAAUGAGCCAGCUGCAUGGCUCAAGC